GUGCAGUGGCUUCUCCAUGCACUCCUUGGUGUCUACCCUCCCCUUCUGGGACUCUGCCCAGAUAGGGCUCCCUUUCAGGGUCUCGUAGGCCCCCUUGCCUGCGUCUCUCCACAAUCAGUACAGCUGUCUGUCAUCUAGCUGGCUAAAUGGAGUCAUCUAGUUAUCUCUCCCAGGUCUGCUCAUCAGCUCUUGCUGGUCUGCCUUCACUUGUAUUCUGCUCUCCCCCCUUCUCCCUCUUGCUCCUCAAUACAUGUUCUUGGUUCUUUCACUACCACCUUCUAUCCAUCUUCAACAUGUCUCUCCCAGCCUCUGUUUUUAUCCCUUCAUUCCCACAGUCUCCCUUCCUCUCACAUCCUGUCUGUCUGGUUCUUGUUCUCUAUGUCUCUUCUUAGUCUCUAUCUUGACCAUUCUCCAACGCUUGGUCCCUAACCUCUGCCAUUUUCAUCUUUGGGUCUCUCAAACUGCUGAGUGGGGGUGAAUGGAGCUGAAGAUGGCAGAACUAGCUGGAUGUGGUUGUGCACACCUGUAAUUUCAACACCUGGGAAGCUGAUGGAAAAGAAUUGUCACAAGUUCAAGGCCAGCCUGGGCUACAUAGUGAGUUCAAGGCCAGUCUGGGCUAUAUAGCAAGACCCUGUCUCAAAAAAACAAAAACAACAACAAAAAUGACAGAACUAGGGGAGGACGUUGUGGGACAUAACUGUUAAUUAUAAAAUUUUUAUUAUUUACAAAAGGAAAAGGAGAGCCCCCUCCCUACCCCCAAUCUGGGUUUCUAAAGCUAUGCCUCUUUGACUUUGCGUCUCUGCCCUCAUUUAGUGUGUGUUUCUCUUUCUGUCAUUGUCUGUUGGUCUCAGAUCUCUCUCAUUCUCUUCUCUCUCACUAGAGCGCUCGCUCGCUCUCUCUCUCUCUCUCUCUCUCUCUUUCUCUCUCUCUCUCUCUCCUUCCCUGCCAUGAGAUUUGUCAGUGUUUGCCUGUGGAGCCCAUGGGGGCUGCUGCUGUGCCAGCUGAGCCGGUGCUUGGGGUCUCCAUCUCCCUCCACGGCCCCUGACAAGAAGAUGGGAAGCCAGGGGCUGCGGUUCCGGCUGGCUGGCUUCCCUAGGAAGCCCUACGAGGGUCGAGUGGAAAUACAGCGAGCUGGUGAAUGGGGCACCAUCUGUGAUGAUGACUUCACACUGCAGGCAGCCCAUGUCCUCUGCCGGGAGCUGGGCUUCACAGAAGCCACAGGUUGGACCCACAGUGCCAAAUAUGGCCCUGGAACAGGCCGCAUCUGGCUGGACAACCUGAGCUGCCGUGGGACUGAGCAGAGUGUGACUGAAUGUGCCUCCCGGGGCUGGGGGAAUAGUGACUGUACCCAUGAUGAGGACUCUGGGGUCAUCUGCAAGGACCAGCGCCUCCCAGGCUUCUCGGACUCCAAUAUCAUCGAGGUGGAGCAUCACCUGCAAGUAGAGGAGGUGCGACUUAGACCAGCCGUUGGGUGGGGUAGGCGACCCCUACCUGUGACUGAGGGUUUGGUUGAAGUCAGGCUUCCUGAUGGCUGGUUGAAAGUGUGUGACAAAGGCUGGAGCCCCCACAACAGCCACGUGAUCUGCGGGAUGCUGGGCUUCCCCGGUGAGAAGAAGGUCAACAUGGCCUUCUACAGGUUGCUGGCCCAGCGGCAGCAACACUCCUUUGGUCUGCAUGAAGUGGCAUGUGUGGGCACAGAGGCCCACCUCUCCCUCUGUUCCCUGGAGUUCUAUCGUGCCAAUGACACCACCAGAUGUCCUGGGGGGGCCCCUGUGGUUGUGAGCUGUGUGGCCGGCCCUCUCUACUCCAUGUCCAGUGGCCAGAAGAAGCAACAGUCAAAGCCUCAGGGGGAGGCCCUAGUGCGUCUGAAGGGCGGUGCCCAUCCUGGAGAGGGCCGAGUGGAAGUCCUGAAGGCUGGCACAUGGGGCACAGUCUGUGACCGCAAGUGGGACCUGCAGGCAGCGAGUGUGGUGUGUCGAGAACUGGGCUUUGGCAGUGCUCGAGAGGCUUUGACUGGCGCCCGCAUGGGGCAGGGCAUGGGUGCCAUCCACUUGAGUGAAGUUCGAUGUUCUGGCCAGGAGUCCUCCCUCUGGAAAUGCCCUUCCAAGAACAUCACUGCUGAGGACUGUUCUCACAGCCAGGAUGCUGGGGUCCGAUGCAACCUGCCCUACACUGGUGUGGAUACCAAGAUUCGACUCAGUGGGGGCCGCAGCCGACAUGAGGGGCGAGUCGAGGUGCAAAUAGGGGGACCUGGGCGCCUCCACUGGGGCCUCAUCUGUGGGGAUGACUGGGGAACGCUGGAGGCCAUGGUAGCCUGUAGGCAACUUGGUCUGGGCUAUGCCAACCACGGCCUACAGGAGACCUGGUAUUGGGACUCAGGGAAUAUAACCGAGGUGGUGAUGAGUGGCGUGCGCUGCACAGGGAUGGAGCUAUCCCUGGACCAGUGUGCCCAUCAUGGCACUCACAUCACCUGCAAGAGGACAGGGACCCGCUUCACCGCUGGAGUCAUCUGUUCUGAGACCUCUGAUCUACUGCUGCACUCUGCGCUGGUGCAGGAGACAGCCUAUAUUGAGGACCGGCCCCUACACAUGCUGUACUGUGCUGCAGAGGAGAACUGCCUGGCCAGCUCCGCCCGCCUGGCCAACUGGCCUUAUGGCCAUCGACGUCUGCUCCGAUUCUCUUCCCAGAUCCACAAUCUGGGACGAGCAGACUUCAGACCCAAGGCUGGGCGCCACUCCUGGGUGUGGCAUGAGUGCCAUGGGCAUUACCACAGUAUGGACAUCUUCACUCAUUAUGAUAUUCUGACCCCCAAUGGCACCAAGGUGGCAGAAGGCCACAAAGCAAGUUUCUGUCUAGAAGACACUGAAUGUCAGGAGGAUGUGUCCAAGAGGUACGAGUGUGCAAACUUUGGAGAGCAAGGCAUCACUGUGGGCUGCUGGGAUCUCUACAGGCAUGACAUCGACUGUCAGUGGAUUGACAUCACAGAUGUGAAACCAGGAAACUACAUUCUCCAGGUGGUCAUCAACCCAAAUUUUGAAGUAGCAGAAAGUGACUUCACUAACAACGCAAUGAAGUGUAACUGCAAAUACGAUGGACAUCGCAUCUGGGUGCACAACUGCCACAUUGGUGAUGCCUUCAGUGAAGAGGCCAAUAGGAGGUUCGAGCGUUACCCUGGCCAGACUAGCAACCAGGUUGUCUAAAAUGUCACCACCCUCCUCUUCAAACCACCACUGCCCCCCAGUAGCAGGGGUCUGAGGCUGCCAUUACCUCAGGAGCUUACCAUGGAACCCUUGAUGGUAGCAGGCCCACCGCAUUCAUCCACCCAUGGACUGUGGAUAUGGAAAUGACAAGCAGAAGUUAUUUUUUCCUAGACUGGUUGUUAGUAUCUGUGCCACCAUGGAGAAUCUCUGUUCCUAGGCCCAGCGUGGAGCAGAGCACACUAAUGAGCAGCAACUGACUAAAUGCCCAGAACACCACAUGGCAGCAGCUCAUUUUCUUGAAUAUGAGGUCAGGAUGGUCAGCUCCCACUAUCUCCCUCAAGUUCAAAGGGAACACAGCUUUACCUCUAGUGUUCUGGUGGGGAAAAAGAUCCAGCUCCCUUCCCCACGUGUUUGACUAUAAGAUGUUGCUAGGUAUAAUUUUAUUUUAUAUAAAAAGUACUCUUGUGAUUGUUCAGA